AUGGAUGCCUCACAAUCCCAUGCUCACGGGACGGCUCCAAAACGAGUGGUCAAAGCCUGCCAACACUGUCGCCGAAAGCGACUCAAGUGCACCACGUCCCAGUAUCCAUGCCCCAACUGCCAACUGUACGGCGCCGAAUGCGUCUACCCGAUAGGCCCAUCCGCGCCACGGCGGAGGCGUACCGGUCAUGCCGGCCGACAACGGUUCAGUCCGGCUCCGGCUCCGCCCCCGGAUGCUCAGACACCAAGCUCCGUCUUGCACAGCGUCGAAUCGGGGUUCUCAGUUGACCAUGAGAACACGAUAAGUCCACUGGACAGUGUUCUUCCUCGGGAUAUCUCGACCUCCAAUGACUUGAUGGACUUCUGGAACGAGACUCUGGAUUUGUCGUGCGCCGUGGUGUUUGAGGGAGAGGCUGGUGGAAAGAUUUCCGGGGUAGAAUCUCUGGCUGGAACCGAUAGUCGCGGAGAGUCCACCGACAGGAUUCUGCCGGGGCUGUUCAUCAGAAAAGACUCCGUAAACAGUAACUUUAUUGGCCUCAACUCGACCGGAGCAACCCUCGCAUUCUGUAUCAGAGAGUCGCUCAAGAGCAGUCCUGGACUCCUAGGAUCUGCCAGUCUGGACUUUCUGAUUGAGGGCGGAGUUCUAGUUGAUGAAGCCGGAAUCCCCAGUGACCCGAAUCUUGGUUUAUGCGUACAAGAUCUUCCAGAGAAAUCUAUUGCUGUGGCUGCAAUUGAAUUCUUCUUCGAAAGAGUGCAUCCAAUCUAUCCCGUUAUCGACGAGCCAUCGUUCAGAUCCACUUGGUCACAAAUGUACGAGGCGGAAUCUACGAACCACGACUGCAUUCUAUUCUCACUUUUCUGUCUUGUCGUGGCUAUUGGCGACGCAAAUCGCAAAUCGCCAAAUGAUGUUGCCCGCCAGCCAGAACAAAUAUCACACAGUCUCUAUGAAAAAAGCUGGACCAUGCUGCACGACUGCCUUGCUGUGCCUAACCUCGGCACUGUGCAGAUUCUGCUUCUACAUUGCAUUUUUCAUCUGCAAUGCGGUAAGCCAGGCUUUGCUUGGGUGCUCUGUGGGCUCGCUACCCGUGUGGCGCAAGCUGUUGGACUACACCGCAGGAGUCCGGAGGAUCUUGACCUGAGUGAGAGAGAUGUAUGGCUGAGGUCCAAACUUUGGUGGGUUGCUUAUCGUUUGGACGGAUUCUUGUCCAUGACCCAGGGCAGGCCAGCCUCAGUGACCCCGUUAAGUUCUGAUAUGGAAUUGACGCCGGUGCCCUUGCGUGAGCGACAGCCGCCUACGAUGGCCAUAAGUUCAUCAGCAUCGGACGUCUACACCUGGAGCUCUAAGCUUUCUCAAAUACAGCAUCGGUUCUGCAACGUCACCAACCAGACAAGCACCACAUCUUCAUUGCUGAACGAACUUGGGAACAUCGACACAGCCCUUCUAUCAUGGUGCCGCGAUGUACCGAUGGACUGCCGACCGGGAGAGGAGAUUCUGACACCGGGGCAUACAGGACACCUCGUUGCAUCUCUGCAUUUGGACUAUUUUAACAUGGUUCGCGCCGUUCACUGGGCGGCUUUAACUUGUGCUCAAGCGAAGAAAGACGUCCUUACGUCACAUCCCAAUCCUCGCAUCCGAGGGAGUGAGGCUAUUUGUCUGUCAGCAGCACGCUCUUUGGUAAAGACAUUCAAUGAGUAUAUCCCGAUACCUCCUAAACUUGCAGAUCCACAAACCGAUUACCUCAUGUCAGCGAUGUCGGUCCUUUACUGCAAUAUUUUCAAAUUUCCUCAUCGCAUGUCCGCCAGGGCUGAUGUGGAACACAUUCGCGCGGGAAAGAUUCAUUUCGAACGACACGCGCGCUCUUCCGAUAUCUCUCCAUCUCUCGAUAAGUUGAUCCAAGCCAUGCUCGCAUCUGCUGAGGACUUGACUUCGGAACGACCUGCACCCGACACCUCGUUGAACACAAUAACAGUAGCAGAACCUUCAUAG